UUUUUUUUUCUUGUAUUUCUUGAGGAUAUUUGAGCUAUCCAAAACGGGGCAACUGAAAACAUCUUAAUAUGAUUCAAGUCGAGCCCGUUUCCUCCAGAGCUCUGUCUCAAGUGCUUCCUAACAAUACUUCUGGAACCACCGUCUCUGAAAACGGACGUUCGGAACGACGUUCAGUGAUCUCGAUUUCACCCAAUCCGCCAUCGACCUAUUCCUCCUUUUCUGCGACAGGCACUCACCAUUCAACCGACCAUUCAGCUCAGCGGCCAUCAUCUUCACCAAUCAUUAUCAACAACCACAUUACAACAUUCGCCACACAGUACCAGGCUGCUAUGGUUGUACCAGCCAAACGUGGAUUCAAGUCACACGUGCCUAGUGCCUGCAUCAACUGCAAGAAAGCGCACUUGGCAUGCGAUGUCGCUCGUCCCUGCAAACGUUGCGUGACCUUGGGAAAACAAGACACCUGUCACGAUAUUAAACAUAAAAAGCGCGGAAGACCAAAAUUACAAGACAAAAAAUCAUCCAACGAUCGGUGCGAAAUCAUGUAUGGCACAGUGUUAACCCCUACGUUUGCUAUGGCGACCUCCGCCAGUAAGCCGAAACAUACCAGGCCGUCGUCAUCAUCCUCGUCUUCUCCAUCGCCCACACCAAUUGCUUUUAUUCAUGAGCCUGUCGAGUCUUUUUAUAGCGAAUCUUUGGCGCCCGCAAACGAUGGAAACCCCGCGAAAGCAAAGACUGAAACAGUCGAUCCUAGUUAUCUUUCUUCCUACGCUAAAUAUACCGCGAUUGCCCCCGACACGGUGCGUCCGAAGCCUCCCUUACCACCGAGUCAACAGCUACCGAGAAUUGCCAUGGAUGCUUCAUACCCUUAUACCACUAGUGGUCCCUAUCAAGACGACCGUCAUACCAUUGUCGUGUUAAUGUCGAUGGAACUGUGCUGUGCACGGGUUUCCGAUACCGUUACCGAAUUCUGGGGUUACUAUCCGCAAGAACUGGCGCAUCGGACGUUGUAUGAUUUUAUCUCGCCAGAUGAUAAUGAACGCUUGGCAAGUUUGCAUCGAAUGUUACUGGAUAAUAUGCUCGAUGUGAUCAAUGCCAAUAAUCCGGCUUAUGAAAGGAAGCAGCCACCGCCAGCGGAGCGCACUACGUCGGAUUUAUUCCAUAGUACCCAUCUUUCGCAACUGAGGCAAAAGGUCAAAGGCUCAAAAACGUUUUCCGAGACUUUGCGGAUUAGGAACCGCGGAGGACUGAUAGAGACUUUCCAGAUGACAGCUUACAUGGGUGGCGGGUUGGGGGCUGAUUUGAUAUCAGCCAUGCAUUUGACCAAAUUAUACAUUGUAGCCGAGUUCCGAAAAUGCCAGUCCAAAGUAGUGUCCGAUACAAAUGUGUCCAUGCCGUGCUUUAAUCUGACCGCGUCCACUAGAGAAGACUCACCGCAGUCCACGGCUGCGUCGAUGCAGCAACAUGCAUUGUACCCUUCAACCUCUUACAUUCAACCACUGCCUUCUCCCCAUCAUGACACCACCCUUCGAUCCUCGCUAUUGCAAGCCCUACCAGGUUCCAAAUCGCGGUCUCAGCCCCACGCCGGUUUUCUGCCAAAGUCCGACGUUUUACCUAGCGUUGAAAUUCGUCGAAUGAAUGAACCAACGAGAGGAAUAUCCCAAUUUGGUCCCCUUCCGGGCUCCUCGUUAAUCCAUGACAACGUGGAUCAAUUAAUGUCAGAAAUCAGCCUAAGAGAUCGAUAUAACUCGCCCUCCCCUACCAAACCAACCAUGACCAUUUCAUCACACCCUGCUACCUUGGAAACCGAUAUCAAGCUUGAUACCCAGCCACCAGGAGCCGUCCACAUAAACUCACAAAAUAGGAAUGCGAUCUUGACGCUGGUAAAAAAAGUCCAGGAGUCAUCGUCAUCUCAAGAUUCAAGCAAUCGUCGAAAGGUAGAAAUGAGCAUCCAUUCUUUGCUUUGUUAACGUGGUUUGGCCCUUUGGACACUCGCCAAUGCCAAGCUCUCUCACUGGCUCGCGUUUUCAGGAUCCGAAAAUAGAACCGUCAAUGAUCUUCCUCCCCCUCCACCCCCUUCUCAAUACUUACUGAUGGGGCAAGGGAUUCCAGACAACGUCGUUUAGCUGUACACAGCAUGCCAUUAUGUAAUGAAGCUUCUCGCUGGAAAAUACGACCUUGGCUUUCUUCGACAUAUGAAACUAUCUUGUAUUUUCAGUUAUAUUCUUUUUUCGCUCUUUUUUUUUUUUUU